CAAUUAUAAAAAAGAAGAAGUAAACUUCAAACUUCAGAGUUCUAGCGUUAUGUACAAAUAAAAAUGGCAUCCUCCAAUAGAGGAGAAGCUGUUCAAAAACAAAUUCAACAGGACUGGGUAAAUAGAGAAUAUAUAGAAAUAAUUACUAUAAGUAUAAAGAAAAUCACAGAUUUUUUAAAUUCGUUUGAUUUGUCCUGUCGAUCAAAACUAGCUGGCUUAAACGAAAAACUCACCAUCCUCGAAAGAAAAAUUGACUAUUUGGAGGCUUGUGUAACAAAAGGUGAAACACUUACAUGAGACCAGCUGGUUUAAUUUAAGUACAUUACUAUGUCCAUUAGCUCUGCCUUUUCAAGGUGUUUAUCACCAAUAAUUUUACAGCAAAAUAGAAGUCUUUUUUACUGGAUUAAUUUACAAUUUAAUGCUUUGGAUAUUGAUCGUAUUAAAAAACUUGGACCUGAUAGAACAUGUGCAGAAUGGAUUUUAAGGAAUGGUGGUAGUGUAAAAUUUAUGAAUUUCACAGAAUAUUCUAGUGACUAUAAUGAGCUACCUCCCGAAGAAACAAUUGUUAAGUUGAAAGAAGUAGAUGCUUCCAAUACAAAUAUUAUGCAUUGUGGUUUUGAACAUUUCAAGGAUUGUAAAUAUAUUGAUACUUUAAUUUUUCACAAAUGUUUUUAUGUUAAUGAUGAAGCCUUAAUAUCAUUACAUUAUUUGAAAAGUUCAUUAAAAAAACUAAAAGUCAGUAGUUGCCCAAGUGUAACUGAUAAAGGAGUUUCAAGUUUAGCUGGUUUAAAACACUUAUCAAGUUUGAAUUUAUGUGAAUUGCAGUCUGUUCAAAAAUUGGAUGAAACUAUUGAAAAAUUAAAAAGUAGUUUACCCAAUUGUAAAGUAGAUUGUACUUAGUAAUGAAUUCAAUUUUUGACUCCUUAUUUAUUUUAAAGAGAGAACAGAUUUUCUCCUUAUUUUAACUAUAACAGAAAUAUUCUAUUGUAAAUUGGAUAAAAUUGUAGUAAUGUACUGUAAUUUUUAUUAUAUAAAUAUAUUUAUCAAAGUAUAAA